AUGGCGGCCCUGGGGGACGACGGGCUGGACGGCUACGUGUACACGCCCUACAGCCCCUACUCUUUCCCCUACGCGCCGGGCCCCAAGGGCAAAGGCUCCGGGGGCGGCGGCGGCUGGCGGCCCCGGGGGGGGGCGGCGUCCGCCCUGUCGGGCUACGGGCAGCUGACGGCGGCCGAGUACUUCGACAGCUACCAGCGGGCGCAGCUCAUGGCCAUCCUGUCGCAGGUGAACCCGGGCCUCGUCCCGCGGCUCCGCAAGGCCAGCACCCGCGACGCGGCCGUGCAGGUGAACCCGCGCCAGGACGCCUCGGUGCAGUGCUCGCUCGGGCGCCGCACCCUGGUCCGCCGGGGCCGGGAGCCGGGAGACGUCCCGUUGCCCACGGCCGCGUCCCCGCCGCCGCCGCCGCCGCCGCGGCCUCCCGCGCAGGGCAGCCCCGUGGCCGGCGCGCCGCGGCCCGCGCGGUUCCCGCGCACCGUCGCCGUCUACUCGCCCGUGGCCUCGCGCCGCCUCGCCACCUUCGUGGAGGAGGCCGAGGCCGUAGGCCCCGCGGGGGAGGCGCCUGAGGCGGCGGCGCGGCCCGAGCCGGAGCACGAGCGCGGGGAGGGUGCGGCGGACGCGCCGAGGCCCGAGCUCCAGGAGGGCGGCGGCCAGGCCCAGGCCGCAGUGCGAGCUGCGUGGGAGAAUCAGCCGCCCCGGCCCGGCGGCCUGAUGGACGGAGAGCCGGUCGAGGAGCCCGAGGAGGAGGAGGAGGCCGAGGCCGAGGCCCCGCAGCCACAGAGCCCCGGGCAGAAUAAGCCGCGGCUGCGCUUCCAGUUCUUAGAGCAGAAAUAUGGCUAUUAUCACUGCAAAGACUGCAACAUUCGAUGGGAAAGUGCAUAUGUGUGGUGCGUGCAGGGUACCAAUAAGGUCUACUUCAAGCAGUUUUGCAGAACUUGUCAGAAGUCUUACAACCCAUACCGAGUGGAGGAUAUCGCCUGUCAAAGUUGUAAACAGACAAGAUGCUCCUGCCCAGUGAAACUUCGCCAUGUAGAUCCCAAAAGACCUCAUCGUCAGGAUUUGUGCGGGAGAUGCAAAGGAAAACGGCUCUCCUGUGACAGCACCUUCAGCUUUAAAUAUAUCAUUUAAGUGAAUGAAUAUGUAAAGAGUACAGAUGUAAUUUCUGCAAUGAGCUUCUUUUGCUUACCACCUUCCCUUCCCUGAAAAGACUAAUCAAAAUAGCAGGAAUACUU